AUGCACAAAACAGAGUCAAUGAGCUUGAGGCUUAAAAACUUGAGUUCGAAUUUUAUUUUAUUUAAUGCACGAAAUGAAAACAAUGAACCUGUAAACGAGAGCGAAAGUGACAUCAACAGAAAAGAUAUUUGUACAAGAAAAAAAAUUGCUCAAAACUGGACCCCGAAUCUGAAUUCACAAUUUUUUUGCGACCUUCAAACAGGUUCCGAGCUGAGACUAUUAUAUGGUUGGUUAUGUUAA